AUGAUCCAAACACCGGCAUGGUUUUUGAGGCUUGGCUCUCGUCUCGCCAAUCGCCAAGUUGUCUUUACCUUUGCUGCUUUGGCCAUCCUUGAAGCAAAACUCGCACACAUCCACAGCCAUCGGUUUGCUGUCGCACCAAAUCGAUUACUGUCUUAUCUCGGCUCAUUCUUUCUUCAAGACAUACUUCUCCUAAUUCUCAUCAGACUCCUCCUCGAUCAUUGGGUACCGAGGGCCUCGGUACCAUACUUCCUCAGCACUGCCGUGACUGGCGUGUUGAUCUUUUACAAUGUCGCUCUUGCUACCGCAUCCGUCUCCUUCUAUCUCGUCUCUGGAUCCGAAAUUCACUGGCGAAAUAUCAACCUUGUCUCUGACCCCACAUCCAGGGCCAUCGUGCUCUCAGGCUUCGUCACCUUUACCCUCGUCGUGUCGGCCUCACUCUUCCUAAGCUGGCUGCUCCAGAACAUUUGUUACAAAGUGUUUGGAUGGGGUGCUGAUAUCUCCAACUUCCCCUUUACUUUGGCGGGAAAGAGUUUGAGUCGCUUUUUGAGGAACAGAAUUAGCUACGGCCGGAUCCCCGAGCCCGAUGCCGUUGAUAGCUCGGAUAAUCGAUACUCUGACGGAGACGACGAUUCGAGCCACGACUCUUUUUUCGACCUUGAGAAACCUCAGACGGCAUAUUCGCGACUCUCAGCAAGGAUACACAAUGCGUCCGGGAUUUCUCUACCACCAUCCACCGUCAAGCGCAUCGUACACAGCAUACCAUAUGUCGCCUGGUCUCUCUUUCUCCUUGCUUUGGCUGUCUUGUCGCUUCAAAGACCAAGCGAUCGAUCCCUUGUCUUCCUCUCGUGGACUGCCGGACUCUUGCCGUUCAUCGAUUUUUCUUCCACCUCGCCACUCCUAGACCAACUGCCUUCUCAUUACGGGGUGGGCAUUCAACGCCAAUGGGAUGGACGAUCAGCCCUCAGUGAACCGCCAAUGCUCAGCUGGCUACCCAAGGGCGAGCCCUUGGUUGGAUUUGAGGAUUGGUACGCACCCCAAGAGAUGCACUACAACUCAGCCGCGGACCCCUUGAAGAUAUCCAACCUCAACCAACCCUUGAUAGAGUCUCUGCGCGACAAGUUACAAGAUGUCCCGGUCCGCCAUGUGAUUUUAUUUCUCCUCGAAAGCACCAGAAACGACGUGUUCCCCAUCAAGAAACAUGGGCCCAUCUGGAACCGAUUUCAGGACUCGUACCCUGAUCAUAAGAUCCCUCAGGAAGCCAUUGAGAGGCUAUCGACAUUGAUGCCUACCGCAAAUUAUAUCACUGGCGACUAUGAUGAUGGUUUCGAACACGGCGAGAGGCCUAAGCGUGGCGGUCCCCGGUUCACGAAUGCUCACACAACUGGUACCUAUACGCUGAAGAGCUUGGUCGGUACGAUUUGCGGGUUAAACCCCCUCAUCGCCGACUUCAAUCUUGAUUACAAGCGUCAUAUCUACCAGCCCUGUCUGCCACAUAUCUUCGAAGCUAUGAACAAAGUCACGGACACAGCCGAGUCGGGUUCUAAGUGGAAGUCCUACUUCUACCAAGCGGCGACCAUUCAUUACGACAAUCACGAUAAGCUCAUGGCUGCCAUUGGCUUUCCUGAGCAAAACACCAUUGAUCGGGAUUGGCUCCGGAGCGAGAAUGCUUCACACGGUGCUGUUCACCUCGAAGACAUCAACUACUUCGCCUUUCAAGAGGAUCCCCUCGAGGAUUAUAUCCGUGACAUCUUUGUCAACGCUGAGGAGACAAACGAUCGGGUGUUUCUCACACAUAUCACAAGUACAAGUCAUCAUGGCUAUGGUCUACCUGUCAAUGAAACAUCUACCCCAUUCGGCAAAAACGAGGCAGAGACACUAUCUGAUUAUGUCAAUGCUGAAGCCUAUGAUGAUAGAUGGAUCCGCAAAGUUUUGGAUCUACUGGAUGAGCAAGGGGUGGCUAAUGAGACGCUCGUAGUCUUCCUUGGAGAUCAUGGCGUCUCAUUAGUCGAGAACGAUAAAGCAUCCCCUUAUUAUAACCCCAGCAUAGGCGCCGAUCAUGUUCCUCUGGUGCUUUCACAUCCUCGACUACCAGCGUUCGAUGUCCACGAUGCUGUUUCGUCCAUCCAGGUGCUACCUACAAUUCUUGAUCUUCUUCUCGAGACUGGAUCGCUCGACAACAGCAGUCGGCAAGUUGCAGAGGAUAUCGUUCACAAUUAUGAAGGACAAUCCCUCCUGCGACCGCAACAGCUGAGCGAUCAAGGACUGUGGCAAUUCACUGUCGUCAAUCCCGGGCGAGCUAUGCUUGGCGUGCGUGACGCCCGACAUCCCGAGCGCCAUCUUGUUGUCCCUCUUAUCGACAAUGUAGAGUGGCGGUUAAGUAAUAUCACAGCCGAUCCCUUGGAAAAGGAUGGUGUACAAGCCUUUGACUUCAUCUCAUUUUUGCAAAGCGUGGAGGCGAAAUUUGGCCCUGAGUGGGCUCAGUGGGCAGAAGAGGGUGCAUUCACUACUCGUUGGCAUGUUCAGGAUAAUAGUAAGCGUUGGCGUUAUGAGCGCAAUCCGAAAGUUCAGGAGAAAAAGGAUCAAUGA